AUGGGAAAAAGUUUGGAAAAAGUUUGGAAAAAGUUUGGAAAAAGUUUGGAAAAAGUUUGGAAAAAGUUGGGGAAAAGUUGGGGAAAAGUUGGGGAAAAGUUGGGGAAAUACUUGUGUAAAGGUUGGGAAGAUAUUGGAAGAAAGGAGAAGAAAAAGAGAGGAAAGAAAGGGGAGGGGAGGGAAGGAAAGGAAAAGGGAAGGAGAGAAGCAGAGGGGAAGAGACAAAAGGAAGGAAAAGGGGGGGGAGAAAGAAAAGGAGAGAAGAGGAGGAAAAAAGAAAGAGAAAAGGAAAAGGGGGAGGAGAAGAGGGGAAGAAAGAAGGAGAGGAAAGGGGAAGAGAAGGAGAGGGGGAGAGAAAGAAGGAAAAGGGAGAGGAAGGAGAAGGAGAGGGGAAGAAAAAGAGGGAAAGGAAAGGAGAAGGAAGGGAGAAGGAAGGAGGAAGGAAAGGAAAAGAAAGGGGAGAAGAGGGAAGAGAAGGGGGGAAGAGAGGAGAAAGGAAGGAAAAAAAGGAGGGGGGGAAAGAAGAGAAAGAGGGGGAGAAAAAAAAGGGAGGAGAAAAACAAGGGGGAGAAAAAAAAGAAGAGGAAAAAAAAGGGGGAAAAAGAAAGGGGAGGAGAGAAAAAAAAGGGGAGGAGAAAAAGAAGAGGAGAGGAAGGGGAGGGGAAAGGGAAAAGGAGGGGGAAGGGGAGGGGAAGAGGAGGGAAAGGGGGAAAGGGAGGAGGAGGGAAAGGAAAGAGGAGGGAAGGGAGAAAGGGAAGGAGAGGGAAAGGGAAGAAGAGGGAAGGGGAGGAAGGAAAAGGAAAGGGGAAGAGGAGAGAAAAGGGAAGAGGGGGGAAGGGGAGAGGGAAAGAAGGGGAGAGAAAAGGAGAGGGAGGAAGGAAGGGAGGGGGGAAGGGAGGGAAAGGAGGGGAGAGGAGAGAAAAAAGGAAAAAAAAGGGAGGGGAAAGAAAGAGAAGGAAAAGGGAGGAGGAAAAAGGGGAGAAAGAAGGGAGAAAAAAAGGGGAGAAAGAAGGGGGAGAAAAAAAGGGGGAGAGAAAAAAGGGGGGAAAAAAAGGGGGAAAAAAAAGGAGGGAAAAAGAGAGGGAAAAAAGGGGGAAAAAAGGAGGGAAAAAAAGGGGGAAAAAAGGGGGGAAGGAGGAGGAAGAAAAGGAGAGGAAAAGAGAAGAAGGGGGAGAAGAAGGGGGGAAAAAGCAGAGAAAAAGAGGGGGAAAGAGGGGGGGGGGAAAGGGAGAGAGAGAAGAGAGGAGGAAAAAAAAGGGAAGAAAGAGAGGGAAAGAGAAGAGAGAAAAAAGAAGGGGAGAGAAAAAAGGAAAGAAAAAGGGGGGGGAGGAAAGAGGGGGAGAAAAAAGGGGAGAGAGAGAAAAGGAAAGGGAAAAAAAAGAGAGGGGAAAAAAAGAGGAAAAGGGAAAGAAGAAAAAAAGGGAAAAAAGGGGGAAAAAAGGGAAGGGAAAAAAGAAAAGGAGAGGGGAGGGAAAAGGAGGGAAGGGGAAAAGGGGAGGGGGAGGGAAAGGAGAGAAGAGGGAAGGAAGAAAAGAGAAGAGGAAGGGAAAGGAAGGAAAAGGGAGGGAGAAAAAAGAGAAAAAGAAGAGAAAAAAGGGGGGAAGAGAGGGGGGGGAGAGGGGGAGAGGGGAGGGAAGAGGGGGAGAGGAAGGGAGAGGGGGGAGGAGAAGCAGGAAAAACGAGAGAAGAGAGGAGGAGAGAAAAUUACGGGUCUCAGAGGCGAAAAACGGUCAGCCUUAGGGUUGGGGUUUGCCAUGGGGUCAAGGGUAUGCCAUAGGGUUGGUUUUAUUUCUUUUUUGAUUUUUGGGAGUUUAAAAGGUUUUCUAGGAACAUGAAGGGUUGUUUUAGGCUUCAAAAAAUAUUUUCUUAAUUUUAAACAUUUUUUCAGAUUUGUUCGAGCAAAUUA